UAUGAAAGGUGUAACAGGAAGUGUUGUGGUUGUGUCCUGUGUGUGUUGACAGUGGUUCAUGCACUCCUGCAGGAGGAGGAGGGAAUGAUAAUGAUGGGAGGAGAGACAGAGUAUCAACAGCAGGGCUACAACUAAACGUGCAGUGUACUUUUCAAGCAAGUUUGGACAAAGACGAUUGGAGGGACAUAAAAUCCAAGGCGUGGAAAGUUUAAAUGGACUUUAAAUGGGCUGAGGUCGGACUGGUGAAGGUGGUCUGGGUUCAUGGAUUUUAUUGGAAACCGAGAAGUAUUUUCUUCUAGGAAGUCUGACAAACAUGGAUGUCGUGGACUAAUUUUUAUUUUCUUUUGAUCCAGGCAAGGACUGAGAACAAAAAUGUGACCACCUGCCUUUUUCUUUUUUUUUUCUAAACUCCCUCCUUUAUUUUUAUGUUAAAAUCUGUAUUAUUUUUUUUACUCACUUCUUCCAGAAGAGAAAAGGAAUGAUCGGUUAAAUUCGGGUCUGCAAGACGAGUCUUAAAGAAGAGCAUCAAUGGAUUGAAAGAUUAUACUUUUCAGCUUUCAAGUGGAAAAAGUGCCUCAAGCAAGGUCGGGAGAUGUGUGAAGGAGUGUGACGGACGGCCAUGGGACUGGAGAGACGGUGGCUUCAGGCUGUCACCACUGCUGUAGCCAUCUGUCUGCUAAGUGUGUCUCAAGGUGAGGCAUCAUUGGUUCAUGCCAGAGUGGGAAGCUCUGCAGAGCUGAGCUGCAGUCUCAAUCCUACGUCUACAGAAGCCACCACCCCAAACCUCUUUCCUCUGCAUGUGGUGGAGUGGGUGCGCCUCGGUUUCAACGUUCCCAUCCUCAUCAAAUUUGGAGUGUAUGCUCCUCGAGUUCAUCCAAACUACAAGGGCCGCGUGUCUCUGACCCGGGGUGCCUCUCUGCUGGUGGAACGGCUGACCCUGGAGGACGAGGGCUGGUUCGAAUGCCGCAUCCUGCUCCUGGACAGCCAAAAAGAUGACUUUCGGAACGGCACUUGGACCUUCCUCUCCAUCACAGCUCCACCUGUGUUCAUCAAGACUCCACCAACUUUCGUGGAGGUUCUUCUCGGAGAUUCGCUGACGCUCAGCUGUGGAGCCCAUGGCAACCCUCGACCAACUGUUGUCUGGCACAAAGACGAGAGCCAAAUUGAGAAACAUGAAAAAAUAAAAGUGCUCAAUGGUACCUUGUCUUUGGCUGCCGUCACGAGAAAUAUUUCAGGAGUGUACAAAUGUCACGUGUCCAACACAGAGGGGAACCUGACCCACUAUACGCAGCUGCAGGUCAAAGGGCCUCCGAUCAUCCUCAUCUCCCCAGAGGACACCACUCUCAACAUGACACAGGAUGCAGUUCUGCAGUGUCAGGCUGACGCCUACCCUUCGAACCUCACCUACGAGUGGUGGAAACAAGGAGAGAACGUUUACCAUAUUGAGUCCUUAAAGUCCAGGGUGAAGGUUUUGGUAGAUGGAACACUUCUUAUCCCUAAUCUCAUCCCAGAAGAUGCUGGCAACUACACCUGCAUCCCGACUAAUGGGAUACUGACACCACCUUCAGCCACUGCACACCUGAAAGUGAAACACCCUGCCCGUGUGGGACGAAUGUCCCGGGAAACAUACCUGCCUGCUGGAAUGGAGGGGGUCAUUGUCUGCCCCGUCCAGGCUGAUCCCCCUGUGCUGUAUGUCAACUGGACCAAAGAUGGGAACUAUUUGAAUCUUGACAACUUCCCAGGUUGGAUCGUGAACUCUGAGGGCUCCGUUUUUAUAACAACAGCAAAUGACAACGCUGUGGGCAUGUACACAUGUACGGCCUACAACAGCUAUGGCACCAUGGGCCGGUCUGAACCCACCCAGGUCAUUUUGAAGGACCCACCAUCAUUCCGAAUGCCUCCUCAGCCUGAGUAUCUCCAGGAGGUGGGCAGGGAGUUGAUCAUCCCCUGUGAAGCCAGUGGAGACCCCACUCCAAACAUAACAUGGAGCAAGAUUGGCCCUAGUCCUCGAUCCCAGUACACCGUGUUGGCCAACGGCUCCCUCCUGCUGCAGCCACUUAGUAAAGAUCACCAUGGGGGCUGGGAGUGCUUGGCCACUAAUCAUGUAGCUACUGUCAGUGCGGGCACUGUAGUCAUGGUGCUGGGCACCAGUCCUCAUGUUGUGUCGGCAGUAUUCGUCACCACGGAGAUGAACCAGGCCAAUGUGUCCUGGGUACCAGGCUUUGAUGGUGGAUACACCCAGAAGUUCACUGUGUGGGUCAAGCAGGCAUCCAGAGGGAAACAUGAAUGGGCAUCUUUGCCUGUGCCGACAUCCAAAAACUACCUGCUGGUGACCGGGCUUCUCGCUGGCACCGGCUAUCAGUUCAGCGUCCUACCUCAGAAUAAACUCGGCUCUGGACCGUUCAGUGAAAUAGUUUCUGUGCGAACACAAGCUGUGCCAACAGAAACACCUACAGCAGUCACCUCUUUCCCGAUCCUGGAUCCUCCCAUAUUCCUGUCAGUAAACCGGACUGAACAGGGUGUUCUCCUGCAGUGGUCGCCUCCUGAAGCUCCAUCCUCUCCACUGACGGGCUAUGUGCUGCAGGCCCGCAAGGAUCGGGGCCAGUGGGUCAUCCUCAGCGGCAACAUCAGUGCCAAUCAGAGUGAACUACUUGUACAAGGACUCUUAAGGGACUCCAGUUAUGAUCUGAGGCUGAUGUCUCGCAGCAACAAAGUACUCAGUCAGCCGAGUGAGUCUGUCAAUAUCUCCACCAUUGGGAUGGAAGUUUACCCCCUGCGCCCAAGCUUCUUGGAGGUCAUCCCUGAGCCCUUGCUGGCUGGUGUGUUAGGAGGAGUGUGCUUCCUGUUUGUGGCCAUCGUCCUCUCGUUGGUGACGGCUUGCUAUAUGAGUCAGAGGAGACAGCGCCGGCGCAGAAAGAGAAGACAAGAUAUACCACCUGCCUUCCAGAAGAACUCAUCUCCUGACGCUCGCUCGCCUCCUCGCAGUCCUGACAGCGUCCUAAAGCUGAAGCUGUGUCCGCCGCUUCCCUUCUUCCCCAACACCUCCUCCUCACAGUCCGAUCGGUCGUCCUUUGAUAAAGGCAGCCGCGGGGAAUACCACGACCAGCGAAAACAACUCCUGUCCAACUCGUCUCCUCCGCCACAUUACACACUCUUUGAGAGUCACCUGGGGUCUCAGGCCCCUUCACCAACUGCUCUGGAGUCCAUCUCCAGAGGACCAGAUGGACGCUUCAUUGUCCAGCCACUACAAGGGGGCUCCAGCUCUUCCAAUAACAAAACCUUGAAGGAUGACAUCCUGCAAAUUAACGGCGGGGCAAGUGGCUCAGGGAGUAACAGGACUUCAUUCAGGGACUCUCCAAAGUCGAGCAUUAUGAGCUCAGAGAAGGACGAGAGAAGGAAUUCUCCUCUCACCGUGGACGUCCCAGAGCUGAGCAGACCUCCUUCCUCCCCUGGAAGAGUACGAGCCAUGGCCAGAAAUUUCUCACGUCACGGCUGCUUUUAUUCUGACGACGAACAAAGCUCAGAGGCUCUACUGGAAAGAGCGAGCUUCUAUUCGGACAACAGCGAGAAAAAACCCAGCGAUUCUCUCAGGAGAUAUCGCAUGCCGGGCCAUGCUGAAGAUCUAUUCCCUAGUUUGAGCCGGAAAACUAAGCUUCUGGAAAGAGACAGAGACAGAUACCAGCCUAUGGUCAGUCAGUUGACUAAUAACAGCACCCUGGUCUCACAACUUGACAGCGAGCUGGAAAGAGAUAGCAUUAACAAGUGUGUACAAUUAGCAAAGGAGAGGGAAGAAAUGGAGAGGGAGCUGGAGAGCUAUACAGCCAGUCAGAGAAGCCGUAGUCGUGGAAGAGACGAGCAACAGUCUGAUAAGUCAGAGAGCCCUCAAAGCGAUGCACCCAAGUCCGAGGAAGAGCCUAUAUGGAAGCCGCAGGAUGUUACCAUCCGACAGAAACACACACAGACAACUCGAGUGGCUGACUAUAGGCGGGCAUGCUACUUCGGGAGCGCCAGCAGUCCCAUGGACCGGCUCCCUACGUCUCGUAUACAAUGGGACAUUAGCCCCGUUACAUCCGUCACCAGCCUCAUUCCGGUACAGAGCCCACGCGAGACCACGUCGCCCAGGUCACGGCAUCCUCACACACGUAGGGAAACCACAGAGGACUCCUUUGCUGUUGAUUCAUCCCGGUCUCCGGUAACCCAGAACACCUCCCUCCCCAUGCUCUCCCCUGACGUCACCUCAGAGAGUCUCCCUCUCCUGUGUCUACAAACGCCAGAGAGAGCCAGGUCAUUGAGUCCUCCAAGAGAGGCCGAUGUAUGCAGGAAGUCCAUGACUGAGCAAGGUUUUAGGGAAAAGACUCAGGAUGGAGGUGUUUCUUCAAGGUCCAGACAUUCUUAUGCGUAUGCAUGCACUCAGCCCUGGGAUUCAGCUGCCAGGGGUCCUUCAGUCGAGAGGCCUCAAAGUUCAGCCUCUGCUCCUUAUAAUCAGCCAGUGAGACCUGCAGAAGUAGACUAUACAUCCACAAGGGAUCCCAGUCCAUCGAGUUAUUCCACCUUGCCCUACGAACAUCAUGACGUGGGAGCAAAGGCCAAAGAAAAAGACACUCAGGCCCGAGAUGACAGGCGGAGUUCAGGGUUUUACUCUGAGUUAGAGCGAGAGGGUGUGCGAACGCGUUCACGGAGGAGCGACAAGUGUCUCUUCUCUGAUAGUCCAAGCCCCAUUUCAACGUUGACUCUUGUAGAAGAGGUCGAGAGUGACCAGUCCCAAUUUUCAGUCAGUCAGUCCGGGUCCUUCAAGGCCAAGCCUGCAGCUUCAUCUCCUAAAAUGUCCCCACUGCAGACAAGUGCAAUUCUUGAAUACCUGAGCCUUCCAGGUUUCAUCGAAAUGAGCGUGGAUGAGCCCGUUGAAGAAGUCACAGACACCGCCAGACGAAGUUCAGAUGUGAAGCCAGAAAAAUCUCCGGGGUCUAAGCCUGAUGUGGUUCCUAAAAACUGGGACGUUCACAUUGAGCAAAACCGGGACUCAAAGUCAAAGGUUUGCUUUGAACAAACGCAUUCUGCGGGUGAGUCCAGCUUUUACGGGAGUAGAAAACGCUCCCUCCAUGGGGAAGGUAGAGACUCUUCACUGAGAGUAAGAUUUCCAGAUGAGGCAAGACCAUCGUCACCCGGUCCAGAAAAAACAAGCAAGCAACUUUACAGUGAGAAGAUGCAAUUUCGAGAUGGGAAUAAAAACACAGACAGACCUGAAUCCAGACUCGGAUCCAGGUCAGCUCACACCUUGUUCAGUGCAGCUAAAGGCGUGGCGGAUAUUGUGUCGAAACACUCGCAGAGUUUUGUGGACAGUAGUGAGUCUUUAUUAGAGCAACCCCAAAGACAAGCUUCUCAGGGCAGCAGGACUAAUAACAUUGCAUCACGGAUAUGUCAAGUCCCUGUGCCAUUUCUAAAGAAGUCCCUAAGCAUGGGGCCUUGUAGGUCGCUCUCAGGUAUGGGACAGCCUCGUCCUUUCCUAAAGAAGUCCAUCAGUUUAGGCUCACAGAGGUGGGAGCACUUCGAGACUCCGAGGACAUACAUUUCUGAGAAAUGUUACUGGGACGAGUUCCCAAGCCCAGAUGUCAGGGUGAAGUCCUACAGUUACAGUCAGUCUUCCCUCCCCAGACCUGGCCCCUCUUGGAGGGAGUAUAUCCCCUUCGGACGCCCCAGCAUGGGGAGCUUAGAGAGGCCUCACCAUGCACAAAGAUCUUUAGCUAGUCCUUCCUACCUCACUCCUUCGAUGUACCCACCCAGGCAAACCUCACUCUCCCCGAUGCUGGAACCCUCUGAUCCACGACGGCAAGCCGCCGUUUUCCCAGAGUCCUCCAGGUGGUCGCCCUCUUUUCAAGACACCCAUAGGAUUGCCCAGCAGAAAUAUGUCCCCAUGCCCUCCUCCAUCCCUGUACCCCAGUACCAACACUGGCCAGGAUCCAGAGUGGAAAGCAUGAGACCCAUGGAACCUAGGAGGGUCCCUCAGAGGUCCUACCUGCCCAGGGGCAUUAGUUGGCCCUCACCUUACUAUGCCCCCUUCCCACCGAGGGAGGGGGAGAGUUACAGACAACCAGACAGGAUGAUGGGGAGGGCAGGGGAGAUGGAGAUCAGGGAGGGCAGAGAGAUCAGGGAAGGCGGGAGGGCCAGCUAUGCCAGUCAGAGCAGUGGCAGAGGCAGCGCCGGCCUCUUCCGACAGUCCUUGUCCAUCACACCAACGCUGCUCAGCUCCCCCGAGACCACCGAGGAAAGCGAGCGGCACAGAGCUGAGAUGGAGCUGCCCGAGAGGAGAACGAAAAGAAGGAACACAUCAGUAGAUGAGAGUUAUGAGUGGGACUCUGCUGAUGCCUGUGUGGACUCGGAGGUCCUGGAGGCCACGAGGUUUGAUCAGUCUCGGAGAGGCCGAUAUGAUCAAGCUGGUGGCUUCCAGGACCAGCGACGGAAAGGCCCGUCUCCCUCAAUCAGCCCGCCAGUUUCCAACCCGCCCCGCUGCCAGUACAGCCGCUCCCUGAGCGAGGCGCGUUUCAACGCUCUCCGCCAGGAGUACCAAGAGUACAGGCGGGCUCAGGAAUCCAUCUGUUCCCGUGAGCCCUGCCUCACCCCUGGCCGUGAUUCAGACUCUGACUCCAAUUCGGCACUGCUCUAGCAGCUUGACUCGGUUCAUCUAAGACAGACACCAAAUAGAAGUUUUUAACGAAACAGACGGCAGCACUGUGGUCCCGGACACUGUCACACCUCACUGGAGUUUGUCAUUGUUUAACGUUUUCAUCCUGUUACAGCAGACUAAAGUUCCAUAUGCUCUAUGCCAUCAAAUCUGACAGAUGACAUAUUCUUUUUCUUGUACUUGUUCCAUAAUGAAGCUCAGAAGGGAUUUAUUUAUUUUUCUAAGAAGCUCGUGCAACUGUAUUUUCUUUCUUUUCACCCUUGACAAUCAGGCACACAGGCCCAAAUGCUUUAUAAAAGCAGCUACACAACGAAAGUUGUAUCUCAAGUUGAUGUCCAUCACGUGAGCGACUUCCCUUUUGAAUAAGACAGGGAUGCUAAUGACAAUGAUGUCGGUGGAAAUAUCUGCAUUGUUGCCUGUGUUGCCAGUCAAACAGUGUUUUUCACCACCAUCCUUCUGAAUACGAAGUACUUGAAUAAUACCACUUCAGAUUCACGCGCAAUUCAUGAACUCCAAACCAUAUAUAUUUAAAAAAGAAGUCACUGUGAUCGUCCUGCUGGUCUCCUUAAACUAAUUUCCAGACAUUUUAUCUGCCACAGUUCAUCCCAGCAUUGCCAGUAUUUGUUCAAAAUGUACAAAUGUUUAUAUGUACCUUAAUGUGAAUGAACCCCGCUGUUGUCAUUGUAUAUUUCCACGUUCAUCAGAUGAGAAAAUGCGACUUAUUACUCCACCUGAAUCAAACUUUGCCUCUGUGAUUAAAUGACAGACAGGGAAAAUGAAUUUUUGCCUUAUUUCUUGACCAUGGAAGGUUUGACCUGACAAGCUAUAAUCAAACAAAACUGAUUAAAAAUGAUUUUUUUUUAUGUAUAUUUAUUAAAGGUGAGUUCUGAUAUGCAACAAUGUUUACAAUUCACAUCACCGAUGUGAAGGCAACACUGUGAAUAUUUCAUCGACUUCUGGUUCUGUGUUUGAAUUGAAAGUCUGUCAUGAAUUUUGUGCCCAUUAA